AUAUGAAUUAAAACUAUGUACUUUCAAGAUAUUAAUAUAAACUACUUGUGUCAAUUUUUUAUACAGAAGCGUGAUGCUCCUCCUGGUGAGAAGCCUGAGCCCGUAAGGACUCAUCUCCGCAGCAUGAUAAUAGUUCCAGAGAUGAUUGGAAGCAUUAUUGGAGUUUAUAAUGGAAAAACUUUCAAUCAGGUUGAGAUAAAGCCUGAAAUGAUCGGUCACUAUCUGGCUGAGUUCUCCAUUUCCUACAAGCCUGUGAAGCAUGGUAGGCCUGGUAUUGGUGCAACCCACUCGUCCAGGUUCAUUCCACUGAAGUAAAAGCGAGAUCUGGAGCCUUUAGACUUCCUGAGCUGAGAGUUUCUGCUACUCUAUUUUUCUUGUGGUUUAGAAUUGCUCUAUGGAACUGUUUUUCAAGCUAGUUAUUUUUCACAUGUCAGAUAGAUAAUGCUUUUUGAUUUGGUGUUUUGACAGAAGUUUAAUCGAAUUAUGUAUGGAUUUAUAAAUUAUUUUUUGUUUUUAUUUUGAUCAGUCAAAUAAGUAGAACAGCUUAAGGCCAGUACUUUUCUGGUCAA